AUGAAACAAAUCGAAGAGAGUCAACGUGUGCUCAAUGAAACAAUUGCUAAUCAUCGCAGUGAAACCGAAUCCUUACAACGAGCAAUGCAGAAACAAGAAGAAUUGUAUGCUGAACAACAGCGUCGUUUCGAAGAAGAAAGUCGGCAGCAUCAAAGUCAAGUACAAGAUUUGCGUCGUCAAGCCGAAGAAGCUCAACGUAAUUAUGAAAAGCUUUCUCGCGACCAUGAAGCCACACAGGAGCGAAUUCGUGCUGCAGAAGCAGCAAAUCAGCAGCUCCAGAGCGCAUAUCAGGAAUUACGUAACCGAGAACCACCCGCACCACCUCGUCAGAAAAAGAAAAGUUUUUUGCAAAAAGUUGUCGAGAUUGCGGUACCGCUGCUCCCAGUGGUGAAUAUGAUACCUGGUGUAUUUUCAAUGGGAAAUGAAAUAAAAGAUCAUGAAGCCAGCUCAUGA